AGCCAAGAGCGAGGAGACAAGGGUGCGGGAGAUUAGUUGUGUGGGCAGUGCGGGUGGGGCUUGAGGGCGGCUGGUGAGUACUGCGGGGGAGACCUUGGUUUGGAGUUUUCUACAGUCUUGCAGUCUUGCCCCCGUUGGGUAGAAUCACACUGCUCGCCUUUGUACAAGAAACGGUGUCUCCUGAGGCAAGGAAGGAGCCAGGAUGGCCUGGGCUCUGAAGCUGCCUCUGGCCGAUGAGGUGAUUGAAUCCGGGCUGGUGCAGGACUUUGAUGCUAGUCUAUCCGGGAUCGGCCAGGAACUGGGUGCUGGUGCCUAUAGCAUGAGUGAUGUCCUAGCAUUGCCUAUUUUUAAGCAAGAAGAGUCAAGUUUGCCUCCAGAUAAUGAGAAUAAAAUCCUCCCUUUUCAAUACGUGCUUUGUGCUGCCACCUCUCCAGCAGUGAAACUCCAUGAUGAAACCCUGACAUAUCUCAAUCAAGGCCAGUCUUAUGAAAUCCGAAUGCUAGACAAUAGGAAACUUGGAGAACUUCCAGAAAUUAAUGGCAAGUUGGUGAAGAGUAUAUUCCGUGUCGUGUUCCAUGACAGACGGCUACAAUACACUGAACAUCAGCAGCUGGAGGGCUGGAGGUGGAACCGACCUGGAGAUAGAAUUCUUGACAUAGAUAUCCCAAUGUCUGUGGGUAUAAUCGAUCCUAGGGCUAAUCCAAACCAACUAAAUACAGUGGAGUUCCUGUGGGACCCUGCAAAGAGGACAUCUGUGUUUAUUCAGGUGCAUUGUAUUAGCACAGAGUUCACUAUGAGGAAACAUGGUGGAGAGAAGGGAGUGCCAUUUCGAGUACAAAUCGAUACCUUCAAGGAGAAUGAGAACGGGGAAUAUACUGAGCACUUACACUCAGCCAGCUGCCAGAUCAAAGUCUUCAAGCCCAAAGGUGCAGACAGAAAACAAAAAACAGAUAGGGAGAAAAUGGAGAAACGAACGCCUCAUGAGAAGGAGAAAUAUCAACCUUCCUAUGAGACAACUAUACUCACAGAGUGUUCUCCGUGGCCCGAGAUCACAUAUGUCAAUAAUUCCCCAUCACCUGGCUUCAACAGUUCCCAUAGCAGUUUUUCUCUUGGGGAAGGAAAUGGUUCACCAAACCACCAGCCAGAGCCACCCCCUCCAGUCACAGAUAACCUCUUGCCAACAACCACACCUCAGGAGGCUCAGCAGUGGUUGCAUCGAAACCGUUUUUCUACAUUCACAAGGCUUUUUACAAACUUCUCAGGGGCAGAUUUAUUGAAACUAACUAGAGAUGAUGUGAUUCAAAUCUGUGGCCCUGCAGAUGGAAUCAGACUUUUUAAUGCAUUGAAAGGCCGGAUGGUGCGCCCAAGGCUAACCAUUUAUGUUUGUCAGGAAUCCUUGCAACUGAGGGAGCAGCAGCAACAGCAGCAGCAACAGCAGCAGAAGCAUGAGGAUGGAGACUCAAAUGGUACUUUCUUCGUUUACCAUGCCAUCUACCUAGAAGAACUGACAGCUGUUGAACUGACAGAAAAAAUUGCUCAGCUUUUCAGCAUUUCCCCUUGCCAGAUCAGCCAGAUCUACAAGCAGGGGCCAACAGGAAUCCAUGUGCUCAUUAGUGACGAGAUGAUACAGAACUUUCAGGAGGAAGCCUGUUUUAUUCUGGACACAAUGAAAGCAGAAACCAAUGAUAGCUAUCAUAUCAUACUGAAGUAGGUGUGGGGCAUUCCAUCCUCAGUGGCUGCUGCUGCUUUCACCUAUUGGGAACUCCCCUCUUGAAGGGGGUCGCAAAUGGAGCUUUGAAGGGCUGCAAGAACCUGACCCAUCUGACUGUGUCCAGGCCUUGGAGGCAGAAUCCCAGGCAUCUGGAUCUGUGUUGGCCCAGGCUCUUAGGGCACCCACAGAUUACUGCCCAACGUGCAUUUCUACAACUAUUUCUUAUUUAAAAUUUCUGGACCCUAUUGUUGUUGAAUAUCAGUAGAAACUCCACAUCAUUUAGGGUGUGUGUAGGGCAUAAUGAUGAUGAGAAUUGUGUGAUGUUUAAUGGAAAGAUGUUAAAUUUUGUGAUAUGGAGCCAUGUAGUUUUUUUUUUUCUAACAUAAAAGCAAACAUCUAGGGCUUCCCUGGUGGUGGCGCAGUGGUUGAGAGUCUGCCUGCCGAUGCAGGGGAUACGGGUUCGUGCCCCGGUCCGGGAAGAUCCCACAUGCCGCGGAGCGGCUGGGCCCGUGAGCCAUGGCCGCUGAGCCUGCGCGUCCGGAGCCUGUGCUCUGCAAUGGGAGAGGCCACAACAGUGAGAGGCCCGCGUACUGCAAAAAGAGAAAAAAAAAAAAAAAAAGCAAACAUCUAUAUUCAUAAGACUAGAUCCUCAACCUUCUUUGCCCCUGAAAACCUCAUUAAAGAAAAAUACGGAGAAAGAAGAAAAUUCUUCUUUUGAUUCCCGUGUAAUUCCAUGACUAAUAGUAAUUUUAGGUAACAUUUAUUGCACAUUUAGUUGUGUCAGGCAGUGUGAUAAAUUCUUUAAAUAGAUUAUCUUGUUUAAAUUCUCUUAACAGCCCUAUAUGAAGUAGGUAAUAAUGAUCCCUAAUUGAAGAUGAGGAAAUGGAGACGGAGUGGCCGAGGAGCCUGCUGAGUAACAGGCAGCUAGCAGCUAGUGACACUGAAAUGCAAACCCAGGCCGUCUGGCUCUUAUUAACUGCCAUCUGUGACUGCCACCCUUGCAGUCCUCUGUGCUUGCCACCGUUUCUUACUGUGGCUCUUCUGGUGAAUUGGAUAUAACACUGAGCGAGAACUGAGGAUUUAACACCAAAAGGGACAAACCACACCUAAAUAAUGAUGAACAAAUCAAGACCUACAAAAAAAUGAAAACAUAGACACUUUCAAGCAUCAUCAGUUAUCAGAUUCACAGAAUUUGAGGUGGUGACAACUAGGGAUUAUCUGUAACUCCCCAAAUUCACUGUUCUUGAAUGACCUUCUCCAACUAUUUAUUAAUGAGUUAGACUAACCUCUGCUUUCUCUUUCCCCUCUCUGCAUCUUCUCUUGGUAUAGAAAGUUCUUUUACUCAUGUAGCGUUCUUUUAUACAAGCUUUACAAGAAAUUCAUUCCCAUCCUGUUUGCAUUCUUACCAUAUACUUUAGUUCUUCCUGAUUGUGAUUGUGUGCUCUUGUGUGUGCGCAUGUGUAAGACUAUGGGUCUUUUUUCACAUGUAAAGUUUUAUCCAGAAACCCCUCUACAUGUUAUGCUGAGGUGAAAAAUGACAAUGUUCAAAAGAUUCUGUAUUGGAUUUGGAUCUGUGUGUGUGUGUAUUUUUAAAGCAUUUGAUAAAGUUUAAAUGUUUUUAUACAGAGAUUUUCGUUCAUUAAAAUCAACCUUCAGCAUGGUCUGUUUUCUUUUGGUUUGAAAGAAAUGGAAAAUUUUGAAACUAGAAAAUUAAGUCAAAUGACUUGUUUAAAAUCGACCUGGACAACUUGACAUAUUAGGCCAAAAUACUUUUUUAGUGACUGAUUACCAGAUGUCCCCAUUUUGGGGGGACAUUUCUAAUUGUAUUAUGUUCCUAGGACUGGUUCUCAGCUUCAGGGAAGUCACCUCUCUCCCCAGCAGGCUGCUAUUUUUUAUUUUUAUUUAUUUAUUUAUUCCAAUUCUUUCUGAAUGUUAGGCUGGGAGGGUUGGACUUUUAUGGUCCCUUCUAAAUCUGAAUCUGUGACUCUUGUUUACUGUAAAUGAUACACAGAAUUCUAUUAAUAUAUUUACUAUAAACUUACACUUACUAAUUUUUACUUGGAGA